AUGCCCCGAGCCAGCUACGUGCCCUCCGUCUACCAGAGACGCAGUUUGGGCAGAUACAGUCAGAGACACGAACGCUACUGCCUGCGGAAGUCCUUCAGCAUGGGCCAGUUGGACAUCGGUUUUCCCAACAGUUACGUCCACCAAAUCUACCUGGACGCUGGGGCGCAAAGAGGUGCACGAUCAGCACGCAAACUAGUCAGACUGCUGAAACAGAAGUUCGUCAAGCGCCCGCCUGAGCGUCUGUUGCGUAGGGUCCGUGAGAAAAAACUCCAGAGGCUUAACAGGAGGCUGAUACCCACCCUAUGCUGGCAGAUCUACUUCUGUUUCAUCGCGUAUUCGCUUUUUAGAGAUGAUGGCUGGUUUCAGACCUAUGUGCUGCAGAAGAUUAUAGACUUUCUCUUCUUCUUUCGUAAAAGCAACGACUUCCUGCCGCAUACGCACGUUAUGCCCCCGGGCGCGGAUGCAGUGGGACCGUCCCUUAUGCAAGCCUGGAGCGGUCUGGCCAAAUUUUACAUACCAGCGAGCGUGGAGAGGUAA